AUGAGCGCCGGUGGUAGCGACCUCGACAAAGCUAUCCAGCAGCUUCGCGCAUGUCGUCCGAUACCCGAGAACCAAGUCCGAGAGCUAUGUUACAAGGCACGCGAGCUGUUGAUCGAGGAAGGCAACGUGGUUGGGGUGGAUGCGCCAGUAACGAUAUGUGGUGAUAUUCAUGGCCAAUUUCACGACCUGAUGGAGCUCUUCCGGGUCGGUGGAGACGUACCGGACACGAACUACCUCUUUAUGGGCGACUUCGUUGACCGCGGUUUCUACUCGCUCGAAUCUUUCCUCCUGCUCCUAUGCCUCAAAGUUCGUUACCCAGACCGAAUAACGCUCAUCAGAGGCAACCAUGAGUCUCGCCAGAUUACGACUGUAUACGGGUUUUACGAUGAGUGCUUACGGAAAUACGGCAGCGCAAACGUCUGGAGAUAUUGCUGCGAAGUCUUUGAUUACCUAGCCCUCGGUGCUCUCGUGCAAGGCGCCGCAACAUCGCUCCAAGCCACCGAUGGCCCCAUAGCCGAGUCCAGCAACGCAGAGAACAUGCCCGACAUCGACCAAGAUAUCGAGAUUGAAACGCUCAACGCGAACGGCGAGGUUAUGUACCGCUACGCACGCAACUCAGACUCUCAGUCAAGCGCCGCCUCGCAAGUAAGCGCAAACAUGGGGUCCUCGUCCCCCGUCGCCCCAACACCUGGAAGAGUUGGCCCUGCAGGAACGGGUGCAACUUCGUCUGCCAACGGCUCAGCUCGGAACGAUACCGGAGCGAUCUUAUGCGUACACGGAGGGCUGUCACCGCUCGUCGACUCUGUGGAUAAGAUCCGGCUUUUGGACCGAAAGCAAGAAGUGCCACACGAAGGAGCUAUGUGUGAUCUCCUCUGGUCCGAUCCCGAUGAGAUUGACGGGUGGGGCCUGUCGCCGCGUGGUGCAGGCUUCCUAUUUGGAGCCGAUAUUGUCAAGACGUUCAACCAUAAGAACGACCUCAGUCUCAUCGCAAGAGCACAUCAAUUGGUUAUGGAAGGUUUUAAGGAGAUGUUUGACUCAACAAUCGUCACUGUCUGGUCAGCGCCAAACUACUGCUACCGUUGCGGCAACGUAGCCGCCAUCUUGGAACUUGGCGAGGAUGGAUCAAACGCUGGUUUCCAAAGGAGAUCGAACGGAGACAGAGCAGGUGGUGGUGGAGGCUGGGUCCUAGGCUCGAACGCUGGACCGAACGGCGAGAGACGACUGAGUUCCGUACUCAACGACACUUAUCAGAAGAAUAGGGACGGUCCAGGACGGCGGUACCGGGUCUUUGAAGCUGCUCCCCAGGACUCGCGAGGCAUGCCGGCGAAGAAGCCAGUAGCGGACUACUUCCUUUGA